AUGGCGGGCCGAGGAGCAGGCGCAGGCGCAGGCGCGGGGGGGACGGCGGGGACGGCGCGGACGGCGGGGACGGGGGGGUCGGGGGGGUCGGGGGGAGCGGGCAUCAACAUAGCGGCGGCGACGGCGGCAGUGGAGGUGGACAACAACCUGCCCGUCACGCGCUACUUCCGCCUCGCACACAACCUCAAACGCGCGGUCUGUCGCUCGCCCCCUCGCUCCUUGCAAUCCCCUCCCAUCCGCUUCCCCUCGUCCUCGUCUCUACUCCCCCUUCCCCUCUUCUGCCUUCUUUCCCCCUCUCGUUCUUCCUUUUUUCCCCUCUCCUUCUUCCCCUUUUCCCUUCUCAUUCGCCUUUACCUCUCCCCGCUUAUCCACGCCUCUGCUGCUGCUCUGUUCUCCCCCAUCUGCCUCUGCCCAUCUAUCGCAGACGUGUAUCGCUGCGAGGGAAACACUGUGCAGCUCUAUGUAUUCCUCCUGCGAUUCAUCAGCAUGGUGCUGUCAACCAUGCCGCAGCAUCGCGACGCCAGGGCGCCCCAGCACGCCAAAGAGAUUGCCACGCUCAACAAGCAAGCGAUGGCAGCACUGCUGGAGUGCGAGCAGCUGAAGCCACAAGUGUCACGCCUGCUGCAGGCGGGCAGGGGGGCCCAUGACGACGACGACGGCGACGACACAGAUGCACAGUCCGGCGCGGACAGGGACGCGGCUGUGCGCGCAGCAGCGGAGGAGGGCGCCGUGCCUGUCUACUACCCCGCCUCUGCUUCCAUGGGCCUGCCCGCUGCUGCUCCUUCCCAAGCAGCCGUGGCAGCAGCCGCCACGGCUGAGUUGUUUGCUGGAGCGUGGUGGACUGGCGGGGGAGCAGAAGCAGCGGCAGCAACAGCAGCAGCAGCAGUGGACCCUAUGGAUGCAUGGAGCCAGUCCGUGGGUCUGUCUGCAUCGGAGCAGCAGCGCCUGCUCACUGCCCCCGCCCCCUCCGCACCCCCCCUGGACCUGCUCUCGGGUGUCUCCUCGCUCUCCCUCACCUCCCACCCGUCCACCUAUUCCCCCGCUCCUUAUUCCCCCGCUCCUUAUUCUCCCGCUCCUUACUCCGCCACUCCCUCCGCAGCUCAGCAUGGCAGCCAGCAGCACUACAGUCUACCAGCUCCGCGCACCGAGACCCUCUCACGGCACUCCCUAGUCUCCAUGCCGGCACCCCAUGCGCCCUCGCACUUGCCGUCGCAGCCCCACCAACACCACCACCCGCCAUCCUCGCAUGUGGCCUAUUUCACCCACAUCGACUCAUCGCCCAUUCAGCUGCCAGACCUCCUGCCCCCGCGCCUACUGCCCCCUGUAUCUCACUCCAAUAUCGCGUUCUCGCCUCUUCCCACACACAUCGUUCCCCACCCAUACAUGCCCACACCUAACCGCACACCACACCUCCUACACCCCCUCCACCACAGGUGGUUGCCGCCCGUCACUUCCCAACAGUCAACACCAGGCGACACACAACAGCAGCAGCAGGCAGGGGAGGGAGGCAGCAGCAGCAACAGCAGCAGCGGCGGGUAUGACGGGCAGCAGAUGGUGACCCUCAUCAUGCCCUCCGUUGCUGCUCCCACCUCUCCCUCCUCCGCAUCUCUCCCCACAGCCGCUCCCAUUCAGCCGCGCAGCAUUCUCAAGCACGGCAAUGCGUACCGGGCCGAGCAGGCAGCUGCACAGGCCGCCUCUGCUGCUGCAGCGGCCGCAGGAGGAGGGGCAUACGGGGGCCAAUACGGGGGGCAGUAUGGAGGGGAAUACGGAGGGGCAGCAGGGACGGUGAGCCAGGCGGCAGUAGGAGGAUAUGGGUACGAGGGUGCUGGUAACCUGGGCCUACCUGUAGCAGCGCCCCUGCACCAGCCGUACCCCCCUCCCAUGGAGGCCCCCUUGCAAGUGAUUCCGCAGUCACACCCGCCGCUUGCCAUCCAACAAGCACCAGCGCACGGGCAUGGGCAUGGGGGGCAGAUGGAGCAGCGGCAGCCACACCCGUCUGAUGUGGCGGAUCCCAGGCCUGGGAAGGGCGGUGGGAAGAAGGGCAUCAAGGCAGUGCACAUUUCAACGCGAAUGAUGGACGAUUUCAUGCGCAUAGUGCGCCACAACACCUCCCGCAACCUCGAGACCUGCGCCGUGCUCGGAGGCGUGCUCAAGAAGGGGCUGUUCUUCAUCAAGGCGCUCAUCCUGCCCAAGCAGGAGUCCACCUCUGACUCCUGUUCCACGUUGAACGAGGAGGAGAUAUUUGAGGCGCAGGACAAGCGAGGCCUCUUCCAGCUCGGCUGGAUCCAUACACACCCUUCACAGGCGUGUUUCAUGUCAUCCAUCGACCUGCACACACACUACUCCUACCAGGUGAUGCUCCCGGAAGCCAUUGCCAUAGUCAUGGCUCCCAAGGACCCAUCCCGCCCAUUCGGCAUAUUCCAGCUGUCGCAGCCAGGGGGCGUGAAGGUGAUACAGAACUGCCAGCAGAGGGGCUUCCACACACACGAGGCACCGGCGGAUGGCACUCCGCUCUACUCCCACUCCUCCCAUGUCUUCUUCAACCCCCGCAUCGACUACGAGGUGCUCGACCUGCGCUGA